AGAGAUGGGACACUCCAGUGCCUCAUUUUGCUUUUAAACUGGCACCUGAGUUUUGUUUCUUCCUCCUCCCUGUCCAUUCCCUUUUCCUUUUGAGUUGUGUCUUUUAGAUAGGGCCUGUCGGCUUUGUUCCAACAUAAGCUUCCCCUGGGAAUGUUUUCAGCUGUAAAUCAUUAACUGCAUAUCAAAGGGCAUUGUGAACAUUGUUCAUCUCACCUUGCCAUACUGCUGGCAGAACAAGGGAAAAGAAGAGACCAGAAGAAGGGAAGAUCAGAAGCAGCUUGUGGUUUCGUUUAGUCGUGUCCGACUCUUCAUGACCCCAUGGACCAGAGCACGCCAGGCACUCCUGUCUUCCACUGUCUCCCGCAGUUUGGUCAGACUCCUGUUAGUAGCUUCGAGAACACUGUCCAACCAUCUUGUCCUCUGUCGUCCCCUUUUCCUCCAUCUUUCCCAACAUCAAGGUCUUCUCUUCUCAUGAGGUGGCCAAAGUAUUGGAGCCUCAGCUUCAGGAUCUGUCCUUCAUGAUCAUAUAUCUAUAUAUAUCUAUAUAUUGAUAAGUAUGUUCUAAUGAAUAUUAAUAAAGUGUUUGUGAGAGGGGGUUACAGCUUUGUUUUUGCUUAAUUGUGUAUUUUGUAUUUUUGUGUGGUGAACUGCACUGUUAUCUUCGGCAGUAUACAAAUUUAAUUAAUGUUGAUGAUGAAGAAGAUGGUGAUGAUGAUGAUGAUGAUAACAACAACAACAUAUUUACAGUCUUUCAGUGUGAUCAAUGGCUUCUUUCACAUACAAGGGAAUCAGUUUACCUGUAGGGGACUACCGGUUUUACUCAGAGGAAACGCUCCGCUAUGUUGAAAAUGAAUUCCAAAUGUUGGAUGAUGAUAUAGUGAAUGUCACUUACCCCAAGUCAGGUACCCAUUGGAUGCAGGAGAUCAUGGGCUUAAUCUGGCAUGAUGGAGACCCCUCCUGGGUCCAGAGUUUACCAGUGUGGGAACGGUCACCUUGGAUAGAGAAUAUACCAGGCCUACAGCUUGCCUUGAAAUCUCCUCCACCCAGGCUCCUGUCAUCUCACCUGCCUUUCCACAUUUUCCCCAAGUCCUUCCUGCACUCCAAGGCCAAGGUUAUCUAUACCGUGCGUAAUCCCAAAGACGUGAUGAUCUCAUAUUACCAUUUCAGCAAGGGCUUAAAAACAGUGAAGGACCCUGGAACUUUGGAAGAGUUCAUGGAAAAUUUCCUGAGUGGGAAUGUGUCUUAUGGUUCCUGGUUUGAGCAUGUGAAAAACUGGAUGGAGAUGAAGGACAGGUCCAACUUCUUCUUCAUCACCUAUGAAGAACUACAGCAGGACCUACGAGGAAGUGUGAAGAGGAUUUGUCAUUUUAUUGGUAAGGAGCUGAGCGGUCAGCAAAUCGACUCUGUGGUGGAAAAUGCCUCCUUCCACAAGAUGAAAGGCAACAACAUGUCCAACUUUACUCAGUUUCCAGAUACCUAUUAUGAUCACACAAAAGGAAAGCUCAUGAGGAAAGGUAUCUCUGGGGACUGGAAGAACCACCUGACUGUGGCACAGAAUGAACACUUUGACCGUGUUUAUCGUGAGAACAUGCAGGGUCUGCGCAUGGCAUUUCCAUGGGACUAAAGAAUGUCAGAUUAUUCUUCCUGCUAAAUAAACGUACUGCUAAAUAAACAG